UUAAUGGUGGUAACCUAAAAAUAAUCACUUGUCACUUGUUUGGCCCUGACAGAUCGUCAAAUCGCGUUUUUGAUUCCUAAUCAAAUUAAUAAACUAGUAAACACCAUCCGCCAGCUGGCCAGGUAGUCUUUCCGUCACUCUUCGCACAUCCAACUUCUUCUUUCCACCCUUCUAAACCCCCGGCAGCGUAAAUUCCAGUGUAAGGUAUGGCAGAGAAUCUGAGUAAAAAGCCCAGCAAGAGUAUACUGAAAAAUUCGAGCAGUUUCGAUACGCCCGAUGCGAAAUUACCACCUGGAAAUCGUCCAAAAGCCCCGAAAGGCGGCGCGAAAUGGGACGAAAUGAAUAUUAUGGCGACGCUACAUCCGCCUGAUAAAGAUUACGGACAUAUGAAGAUCGACGAACCGAAAACCCCGUAUAAUUACGAAGGGUUGGAUCUGGAUGUUGACGCACUAGAUGCUGAUACACUCGCUAAAAAAAUUCGUGAGGCUGAGCAUGAAACACCCAAAGCCCUCAUGGAAUCAGACGAGAGCGAAGACGAUGAAACUCCCGAGGAAAAAGCAGCUAAAAAAGAGUUUGAGCAGAAGCGUAAGAAGCAUUACAAUGAAUUCUACGCGGUGAAACUAGCUAGGAAACUGCUGGAAAAGGAGGAGGAGGAUGAUGAGGAUGAUGACAAUGCAACGCAUGCAAAACAAUCGACUGGACACAAGUGGAACCUGCUGAAACGCAAGCAGUCGAAAGAAACUCCAUGCAAAGUCAAGUCGAAAUCGUCGAUUAAGUGUACAACCGCGACGGAUUGCGAUGAGAAGGAUAAAGCUGGGCGGAGUGAUGAUAAGAACAACAAAGACACGAAAACGUGUUACAAAUCGCGCCGGUGCGGAUGCAUGGACUCCGUGCGGAAAAUGUAAAAAGUACACGCGAGUAUAGAAUCUACAAAAACAUAACCUAACAACAAACUACAACAAAAUACAUGCCAUAUUAAACAAAACAUAAUAAAUAUAAAGUAAAUCUUAGCGAUAAACUAGAAUUAAAAUCAUUUGCAGUUUAUGUUUACAUGGUGGGGAGUGGAGAGUGGAGGUAAAUCGCCUAUGGCGGACUGUCACCCGGCGCAAAACAUAACCAAACUUGAUCAACUAAACUUCCGGUUGUUUUUUAUGUUGUAUUGUCACAUUGCUUUGUACAGAAAAAUAUAUCGAUGUAACAACUAUGAA